GGAAAGAAUCGGGGACCCGGCAACUGCCGCUACCGGUUCGACAACGUAACUUGGUUUGCUGGCCCGGCCUGCUGUAGCCUGGCAAGCCGGCUUUAUUAUAUACUCGCGGUACUCGUAUCUCUAUAUAAAGGCCUGCUGGGUCUCAGGUUCACUUGACUUUGUACCUCAAAACUCUCAGAAUCGCCGGACGAAACGCCUUCUAUAUCCCUCGCCUUAUACCAAACCCGUUCAAAUUUACAUGGCUCCAGAGUAUCUACCGCCCUCUCACUAUUUUGCUCCUCUCAAAAAGGCCGUGGACGAUGCAUGGUCCAAGGACACUUUCGAUACAUUCACUGCGCUCGAUUUUUUCCUCCGAGACCUGUUAAGUACGGACGAGGCCCGCAACCGCUUCCUUCUUGGAACCUUAUCUUUCGAGGAAUUCGGUAACGCCUUGAAAGGAUCCAUCCUUCCUCCUACCUGUUCUUGCGAAGGCUUUGUUCUCAGCGUACUAGAGUCGGCUGGUCCAUCCUUUCAUCUAGAACUCGUCCAGACUGUGCCUCAGAAUGGAACGCCUGUUCAUAGCUUUGCACUGGCUAGGCAUAGUAACGACAGACGACCUGCCUUAGUCGACUCGACAAUGGGUCACCUGACCGCUCUUGCCGUAACACCAAAGCUCUUUCUGUUCAAAAAUCUUGGUGCAAAACCACCCGCCUUUAUUCAUUCCAUUAAUCUGCCUAAACUCCCCAUUAGUUCACCUGUCCUGAAAUCGACUGCUUCACUACCAUCGUACUUCUUCAAAAACGCUCUAGCAAAUCAAGAAAUGACUACGAGGACUGCCACCAAAUCGGAUCUACUCCUGCAGCCUUUUCUGGCCCUGAAACAUGAACGAUGUUAUAUUCUAUGCAUCAGAUAUCGCCAAGGCAGGUUCAACCGCUACGGCGGUCAGGUCAUUCUCGACCUACGUCAUCGGCAACUCACCAUAUCGGACAAAUACAUCAACCUUUUCUCCACAUUUGAUCUUUCCAACAGCCAAUUUGGUCUCGCUCAAGUUCGGAAGGAUUUCAAACGGUUGGCACAAUUCAAUCCAGCUGCAUUUACACGCGUGAAGCAGGAAACGAUCGUCAGGGUGGCACGAGCUGUCGCUGCGCUACCACUUUCUGCCACGAUUGCGUCGAAACCAACAGGAUGCUAAGGAUGAAUAUGAAGGAGACAAGACGAUCGUAGAUAGGAUGGCCGUAGCUACUCGACGUGAGCAAUUAGGUGGGGCCAGAUAGUAAUGCACAUUCUGUGUUGUAGAAAUUUGAAUUGAAACUCGGCGUUGAUA